AUGGCAAAUUUUCAAGAAAUGGCAAUGUUCUUUGCCAUUAAUAACGUUGAGGAACAUGCAAAUUAUGUUCAUAAUGAAAGACAGACGAGAAAUAGAGAAUACAUUACUGACCCGUUUACAUUGUCUGAUCGGUUAUUUAUUAAAAACUUUAGACUGACUAAAGACGCUGUUAGAUAUUUAAUUGAUUUAUUAAGGCCUCAUAUAAUAUCUAACACAAGUUCGUCUGCGAUUGAUUUAAACACUAAGAUUUUUUCUACUUUGAAUUUUUUGGCGACGGGCUUAUGA